GGAAAUAGCCUCUCUGUAGCGCAGGAACCGGUGGGAGCAUUCAGUUCUGGCUGCUGCCCUGAACUGCUCCCUUGCCACGAUGCAGCACACCGAAGAAGACCUGGCUGCAUCUGGGGAAGAAGAUGAUGCCUUUGAGGAAGGAAUAUCCUCCCAGCUUCCAGAAAUCAUGUCAAUAGGAUCACAUUCAUUCUCUCCAGGAGGUCCUAAUGGGAUUAUCAGGAGCCAGUCCUUUGCUGGCUUCAGCGGUCUGCAAGAGAGACGCUCCAGGUGUAACUCUUUUAUUGAAAAUUCCUCUGCGCUCAAGAAGCCCCAAGCAAAGGUGAAGAAAAUGCAUAAUUUGGGCCACAAGAACAGCACCACUCCGAAGGAGCCCCAGCCCAAAAGAAUGGAAGAGGUCUACAGGGCCUUGAAGAACGGCCUCGACGAGUAUCUGGAAGUGCACCAGACAGAGCUGGACAAGCUGACUGCUCAGUUAAAAGACAUGAGAAGAAACUCACGCCUGGGAGUCCUGUAUGAUUUAGAUAAGCAAAUCAAGGCAGUUGAGCGAUACAUGAGGAGGCUGGAGUUCCACAUCAGCAAGGUGGAUGAACUUUACGAGGCCUACUGUAUCCAGAGACGUCUCUGUGAUGGUGCCAGCAAAAUGAAGCAAGCCUUUGCAAUGUCUCCAGCCAGCAAAGCAGCUCGAGAGAGUUUAACUGAAAUCAACAGGAGUUACAAGGAAUACACAGAGAACAUGUGUACCAUAGAAGCAGAGCUGGAAAACCUGUUGGGGGAGUUUUGUAUCAAGAUGAAAGGUCUGGCUGGCUUCGCUCGGCUCUGCCCCGGGGAUCAGUACGAGAUUUUCAUGCGUUAUGGUCGCCAGCGAUGGAAACUGAAAGGCAAAAUAGAAGUGAAUGGCAAGCAAAGCUGGGAUGGAGAAGAAAUGGUCUUCCUCCCUCUCAUUGUUGGGCUGAUCUCCAUAAAGGUGACAGAAGUAAAGGGGCUUGCUACUCACAUCCUUGUAGGAAGCGUUACCUGUGAAACAAAAGACCUGUUUGCAGCUCGGCCUCAGGUGGUUGCCGUAGACAUUAAUGACCUUGGCACAAUCAAGCUGAACCUUGAAAUCACCUGGUACCCCUUCGAUGUGGAAGACCUGACCCCCUCCACAGGAAACGUGAGCAAGGCCUCUGCUCUCCAGAGGAGAAUGUCCAUGUACAGCCAAGGCACUCCAGAGACGCCAACCUUCAAGGACCACUCGUUCUUUUCAAACUUGCCAGAUGAUGUCUUUGAAAAUGGAACGGCAACCACUGAGAAGCGGCCUCUUUCCUUCACUUUUGGCGACCUGCCUUACGAAGACCGCGUGCCCUCUGCCAACCCAGCAGAGCCCUCCUCUGCUCACGUCAGCUCCAGCCCAGACGUCACCGCCACCCCUACUCAGCACCGAGCUCUCAAGUCAUCUGAGAGCUCAAGCCCGGACUGCAGCAGCAGUGACUCUUGUGGAGACUCCGUCCCUGCGCCCAAGGACCUGCCAUCCCUGGGAGAGGCAGCAGUGACCAGGAACGAGGCCACCCCCAGGGCACAUUCUGAAGUUUGCCAAAAGCCCUCUGAUGCCGGGAGUGAUUGUGUCUUCAUAGAGGCGAGCGUCCCGGUAUCGCUUCUGCAGGACACGGAUGAAGGUUCCGAGCUAAAGCCGGUGGAGCUGGACACCUAUGAGGGCAACAUCACCAAGCAGCUGGUGAAAAGGCUGACGUCUGCCGAGGUGCCUGGGACCCCGGAGAGGCUGCCGUGUGAGGGGUCCAUCAGUGGGGAAUCAGAAGGCUACAAGUCUUACCUCGAUGGAAGCAUUGAAGAAGCCUUGCAAGGGCUUCUCUUAGCUCUUGAACCACAUAAAGAGCAGUACAAAGAGUUUCAGGACCUGGACCAGGAAGUGAUGCAUCUGGAUGACAUCCUAAAAUGCAAGCCAGCAGUAAGCCGAAGCAGGUCCUCCAGUUUAAGUCUAACAGUUGAAAGUGCUUUAGAAAGCUUUGAUUUCCUGAACACCUCUGACUUUGAUGAUGAGGAUGGUGGUGGUGAGGAGGUUUGUAAUGGUGGAGGAGGUGCAGACUCAGUAUUUUCAGAUACUGAGAUUGAGAAGAAUAGUUACAGGACUGAGCACCCUGAAGCCAGGGGCCACCUCAGCGAAGCCCUGACCGAGGACACGGGGGUCGGUACCAGCGUUGCUGGCAGCCCUCUGCCCCUGACCACAGGAAGCGACAGCCUCGAUAUAACCAUAGUUAAGCACUUGCAGUAUUGCACACAGCUCAUCCAGCAAAUUGUCUUCUCCGGUAAAACACCAUUUGUGACAAGAGACCUCCUUGAUAAGCUGUCCAGGCAGACUCUUGUAAUGGAGAACAUUGCAGAGAUCAGCACCGAGAACUUGGGAAGCAUCACCUCCCUUACUGAUGCAAUCCCAGAGUUCCACAAGAAGCUGUCACUGCUGGCUUUCUGGAUGAAGUGUACUGGUCCUUCAGGAGUCUAUCACACGUCUGCAGACAAGAUGAUGAAGCAGCUGGAUAUCAAUUUUGCUGCCACUGUAAAUGAGGAAUGUCCGGGGCUUGCAGAAACAGUUUUCCGAAUCCUGGUAUCUCAGAUCCUGGACCGGACAGAGCCUGUCCUCUACUCCACCAUGUCCUCAGAGAUCAUUACAGUCUUCCAGUAUUACAACUAUUUUGCCAGCCACAGUGUUAAUGACCUUGGAAGCUAUUUACUGCAGCUUGCAAAAGAAGCCUCUGUGGUUCAGAUGUUGCAGUCUGUGAAAGAUGGAAAACUGCAUCAAAACGUGUCCAAAAUAAACUCCAACAACCUCCCACCACAGCAAGAAGUUUUGAGAGCUUUGGCUUUACUUCUCAAUGAAAAUAAAAAUGAAGUCAGUGAGACUGUGGCAUCACUCCUGACAGCUACUGCAGAAAACAAGCACUUCAGGGAGAAGGCCUUGAUUUAUUACUGUGAAGCGCUAACCCAGCCCAACCUCCAGCUGCAGAAAGCAGCCUGCCUGGCUCUAAGAUACCUCAAGGCUACUGAGAGUAUUAAAAUGCUGGUCACGCUCUGCCAGUCUGACAAUGAAGAGAUUAGAAAAGUAGCCUCUGAAACCCUGCUCUCACUUGAAAAUUCUGGAAUAUUGCACCGACCUGAGGGACACAGAAGUGCCUGAAGAACAAAGAGCCAAAGUUGCGGAGAGCAUAUACAGGGUGAUAGCUGAACACUGCUACCAGCCUGCUGCCAGACAGGAGUCCCCGAGGAUGCGCACAUAUUUGAUUCCCCAAAACCUGCAGGACUACAGCAACACAUGAGCGAAGUCCUCCUUGCUCUGAGUGGAAGAAAAACUACAGCAGCAGAAAAAGACAGCAGCUCAUUUUUUUGUGCUAUCUUAACUAAGCUGACCCACUCUACUGGCCUAGAAAAAACACAGUUAUUUUUUAAUUGUUGUUCAUUUGUUUUCUGUGCUACUGGGACUGAAGCCUAAAAAAGAACCAUUAUGUAUUUUGCAGAACCUGCCACGACCCACUUCUCAGGUUUGUUUUGUAUACCACCUACAUUUUACUCUCCUUUCCUUAAUGAUGAAGUGCAUACUUAGUUUAAACAAGAUUUGAAGAGAGAAGUAGUCUCUCAUUUGACCAAAUAAUACAUCUGUAAAAAACACAGGCUUUUGGGCAAACAAGGUUCCUUCAUAAAUGGUACAAAGUCAUAUAACUAGGAAGAAGCAUAACAAUACACAAUUAGCUGGUCAAGAGAAUUACAGAUCAAUGUAACCAGAUGGUGUACAUUUUUUCUACUCUACGAGCUUCACUGUUGUGCACAUCAUGGAGAAAAAGAAGCUGACAUCAUGGAGAAAAAGAAUGAUACAAAAGUAGGACAAGACAGCUAUUACUCAUGGCUUUAUUAGGGCAGAUAUUUCUGUGCAUAUAUUCACACAUAUGAUAAACACACUUUAGAUGGUUGGCCUACUGGUUUGUGUAAACAUUGUCACGAUAUCUUUACUAGCCUAUGAUUAAGCAGAAAAAUAUCCUUUGCUAAGCGUGGCAAUGGAGAGGCCAGCUGGUAUCGCUGGGCUGGAAGAAAGCUCCUUCCUUUCUCCUCUGCAGGAGGGCAAGAUGCCAGUUCCUCAGAGAGCAAUCCCUCUCAGAGCCGCGCUGCUGCACCAGGCCUGUUGUGUGUCAGAAUGAGGGUUGCAGGCCAAGCAUGACUCAGAGCUCAGAAUAGCAGUGGACGCAGCACAGGGGGAAACGCAGCACAGGGUGGCACAGCAAAGCAAACCACUUCAAUUGGGCUAGGGGGAAUCUAAACAGCUCUCGCUAAGGCUGGGCUGAUGUUGUAGCUGAAAAAGGUUGGCACUUUGAAAUAGUCCCAGCAAUCUAGAGCUCAUGUAAUGCUGUUGGUAAGACACCAUGCUUCUACCUCCACUCACAGGUUUAUUUUCAGCAGGCAUUACCACGAGAAACAAACACCAGGCUGCAAGUGGGUAAAAAAAGGCCUGCUUCUGCUCUGUUCAGAACAACAGGGGAGUGUCCUGGGUCACACAUGCAACAGGGAAGGCAAGAUGGAGGUCUGACUCAGAGGGCUUGGCUUGUGGUGGGUGAGGACAAGAGCUAAGGGCUGAGGCAUGACAGCUCCCUGCCUCAGACAGACAGGAGGAAGGAGUCAGAGGGAAGGUGUGCAAAGGAGAGCUGAGCGAAGGGGAAAUAACCAAGAGGAAACAGAGAGAACAAAAGAGGCCAGCACAGCCAAGUCAGAGCAGGGAAAAUAAAAGGCUCUGAGUUUAUGAGAGAGAGCUCGCCACCAUGCUCUGUGAGCUCUGAAACAUAAUCAGCCCAGAGAGAUAGUGCCUGCAUUUGCCUUCUGCUUGUAAUCUUUCGUAACACUGUUUCUGUUCUCAUGAGUCAUGGACACUGCCAGAGGGAAAGUGGAAAAGGUGCCUUCACCCCAGCAACCUACUUUUUUUUGCCAUAGUGGUGAUAAAUACUUGUGAAACAGUGGGUCAUAGCCAGCCCUGGUUCAGCACACAGCAAGCCUGAGGCCUAUCAGAAGCGCUCUCCUUCUGGGCAGUCUUGGGGGGGGAGGCUUGGCCGUGGGGGAGCAAAGAGGGGUGGACAGUCAGAAUCCAGGUCACGGUGCUGAAAAUGACCCUUCUGCCCACUUCUGUGGGUGUUACCACUGAAAGGAGCGACUGAGAACGUGAACUGUGCCCUUGCUUCUUCUGUGGCAGAGGAGGGGAGAGAUGGGUGGCGAACGACUUUCCUUCUGGCAUGGAAAUAAAAAUGCCUGAUUUUCUUCAAGGAUUAGGUUCGUGUCUCUGGAAUAGCAACAAAAAAGCGAGCAGCCUUCCUCAGGGUUCCGUCCUCAGACACGCAUGGGCGCUCAGGGCCCAUCGCUGCUGCGGAGCCACAUUGGAGGUGGGCACCACCUGGCACCUCGUGGUCAACUUAUUUUUACAUGUACGGUUUACUUUGCACGCACGUUCUGGGCUGAACCCAAGACCCGGUGAGUGAGAUGAAACAAAAGCGGGCACUCCCGUAGAAGGACCAGCACACGCCCCACAGAGCCCGGCUCUCACCAGCAGGUCCCACCCCAGGGCGGUGUGAGUGAGAGGUUCACUUCUCCCCCCACCCCGAGUACAGCAUUGAGCAACUCCAUCCGGGUCCUCGUCCCUCAGGGGCACGUGGGGCGCGAGGGCAGCGACACAGGGUGCCGGGGGGACAAAGGAGCAGACAAGAGCCACCCGGCUUCUCGGCGUGCUGACGGCUCGGACGCGCCCUGCCGCUGUUGUUCUCUCCUCUUUAUUUCUCGCAGAAAUGGGCGCGCGCGGCUAACGAGGGUGCCGCGGAGCCUUCAGACCCGCACCCCAGAUCCUGCUCCCCCCGCGGGCCCGAGUGCUUGGUACGCGCCCGCCGAGCACGCCUGCGCAGUGUGGGCAGGGCGGCACCUGUGUGACUCAGGCGCUGCCAUUUUGAGCGCUCGCUGCUGCCGCGCGGUCGCUAUUGCUCGUCGCUCCCGUGCCGAGACUCAGGCGCAGACCGCGGCGCUCCCGCUCCCUCCUGCCGUUGCCUCCGAGGACGUCCCAGGGUCGCCUGGGCGAAGAGAGCCCUCGUCCUCCUUUGGGCUGUUCCCGUUCUCCGCCGCUGUUCCGGCGCCUCUAUGCCCGCCGCCCUCCUUGGGAGCCGCUAGCGCUGCGAGCCGCCGCCGCCGUCUCCUCCUCCUUCCGCUGCCGCCGCCGUCUCCUCUUCUUCUUCUCCUCUUCCUCUCUCCGCCACCAUUUCCCCACUCCCCGGCACCGGGGCGCUGAGCUAGACUAUGGGGACCAGGCUGGGGCUGAGCAGCGGCAGAGCGGGCGGCCCGGUCACCGUGUCCACUGCGGCGGGGAUGGGGGGGCUCGGCGGCUUGGUGGCUUUAUCUUGACAUGGCUCCUCUCCGUGCUGCUAGCAGCGCCGCCUCCUCUGCCCCUCCUGCGCCCGCCGGCUGCGGGUAGCGAGCGAGUCACGGCCCUGGUCUCUUGUCUGAGUCUCUCAGCCUCUUGCUUCAGUUGGGGGGAAAUUUGGGGAGGAGUUCCUUUAUUUUUCUGUUUUUUUUUCUUUGUAAGGAGAGAAGGGGGGAUUUUUUUCCCCUGUCUUUAACCUGGUCCGGCGAAUUUGCUAACCUCCAACCUUUAAAUCCCUGCUAAUCUAAUCAAACACCUCGGGGGGCAAAAUGUCUGGAGAGAGAAAGAAAAUAACCUGAUAAUUGGGGAUUUGCUUUUCGGGGAGGAGGGUGUUUGAGAGGUUUAAAAUCGCAACCUAGGUUUGUGAUUUAAAAAAAAAACCUCGCAAAAAAAAAAAAAUUGCCACCAAGAUCUUUCU